AUGGCGACGACGAGCGGCACUACAGACUAUAGCAGCACUAUGCGCAAGUUCAAGCUUGUCUUCUUGGGUGAGCAGUCCGUGGGAAAGACCUCACUGAUUACGCGGUUCAUGUACGACACGUUCGAUGGCAACUACCAGGCGACCAUCGGCAUUGACUUUUUGUCCAAGACCAUGUACUUAGAUGAUCGCACCGUGCGCCUGCAGCUCUGGGAUACAGCUGGCCAAGAGCGAUUCCGCUCGCUGAUCCCAUCGUACAUUCGUGACUCUUCGGUGGCCAUCGUGGUGUACGAUGUCACGAGUCGAGAAUCGUUCAAAGCCACGUCCAAGUGGGUCGAAGACGUUCGCGCAGAGCGAGGCAAUGAGGUCAUUAUCGCAUUGGUUGGCAACAAGACGGAUUUGAACGAUAAGAGGGAGGUAUCGACAGAGGAAGGCGAGCAGCGUGCCAAAGAAUACAACAACGUCAUGUUCAUGGAGACGUCUGCGAAAGCUGGCCACAAUGUAAUGCCUCUGUUCAAGAAGAUCGCGCAGGCGCUCCCGGGCGUAGACGAUGCGCAGGGCGAUGGCAAAGGUGCAGGACCUCAUCACAUCAUCGAUGUAUCCGCCCAAGCGGAAUCGGAGACCAAGUCAUCAUGCCAAUGUUAA